UAACACGUCGACAGCGCCUUGGUGCGAACGGAAGUGGAAAUCGUAGAAGUCGGACGUUUCGGUGGAUUUUUCUUGAAUUUUUGGUGUCGGGAAUCUGUUAAUUUUUUUUUUUUUUACUUAAAAUAAAGACUUCUGACAUCGAAAUAAUGAGUUCUAAACGUUGUGCCAGAUGCGAGAAGACCGUUUAUCCGUUAGAAGAACUCAAAUGCUUGGAUAAAAUAUGGCAUAAAUUAUGUUUCAAAUGUCAAGAAUGCGGAAUGACGCUGAAUAUGAAAACGUAUAAAGGUUUCAACAAAUUGCCAUACUGUAAUGCUCAUUGUCCUCAAGCCAAGCACACUGCAGUAGCCGACACACCUGAAAUCAGAAGAUUGGCAGAGAACACUAAAUUGCAGAGUAAUGUGAAAUACCAUGAGGAUUUUGAAAAACAAAAGGGAAAGGUUACACAGGUUGCCGAUGAUCCUGAAACAGUACGUAUCCGUAAUACCUCAAAAAUUAUUAGUAAUGUUGCCUAUCACGGUGAACUUGAGAAGAAAAAGCAGAUGGAACAAAAACGACAUCUUGUGCCAGAAAAGAAUGGUAUACCGCAUCCUGUGACAAAUGCUGGUUACAGAACAGAUCUAUCAAAUACUCCAAUGUACUCCACUGCAUCACCACCAUCUCCCUCGCCACAACCACCAAUGUCACCUUCAGGAAAGAUAGCAGAUUAUGAUCCCAUGAUACCCCCAGAAGCCCAUGAAUCUCCCUAUUCCUCCAAACUUAGCUCUACUGUCAUCUAUACAUCCCAAGAGGGACCAGUUAACAGUUAUCCCACACGUAAGAUUGGUUCCAUUGCCGAUUAUGACCCUCUAAACGAAUCUCACGCAGCUGGUUACAGAACAGAUCUAUCAAAUACUCCAAUGUACUGUGGAGAUUCACAAGAUAUGGGAGGUAUGAUGAGACCGGCAGGGACAUUUCGUGCCAUGUAUGAUUACUCAGCACAGGAUUCCGACGAAGUGAGUUUUAAGGAUGGUGAUGUUAUAAUCAAUUGUGUUUCAAUCGACAAAGGAUGGAUGACAGGAACAGUGAAACGCACAGGACAAAACGGAAUGUUGCCAGCUAACUAUGUGGAACCCAUUAACUAAGAACUUUUAUUAACUUUUGACUUCACCACAGCUAUAGCUGUUGGGUCACAUGUGCAGCACUGUGAACAAAUCUAGCUCAAAAAAAAAUUAUAUUAAUUAUUAAUUAAUUAACACAGCUUAGCUCAAAUUUCUGCAUUAUCAAAUUACUAAAGGCACAUUUUUAUUGGCAUUUGUUCAUAAUCUUGUGCCUACAUUGCUCUUAGCUGUGCUACUUUUCUCUUCCGCUAAACUAAAAUUCACUUUUAGCAGUAUGGAAACUUAUUUUUCCGAAAAAGUGUUAAACAAAACUCUUCCGAUAAUACAGGAGAAUUCAUAAUUUGGAAAGUUUUAAGACGAAACGACUCAGCGCUUCACGUCUCGGUUUGGAAACUCACAAUGCUGUCGACUUUGAUAUUUGUAUUGAGGCAAAAAGUCAAGCAUGUUUUAUUGUUGUAAUGAAACUUGUAUCGCCAUAUUUGUUAACAAGAAUGUGCAUUCCCCAUGCUUUGAUGAUGAUAACGUGCAAUUGAUUUGAUAUUGCUAAGAACGCCUUUUUUUAAAUAGGAAUUUAUAUUUAGAAUUUAAUUAUACAUUUUUUUUAUGAUUAUAUUUAAAGAAUUUAUUCUUUGUUUAACAAAUUAAAAAAAAAAAUUACAAUUUGAAAAAAUUGCAACUGUUCUUCUGGAUAUGGCAAGAUAUCCUCCAGGAAGAAUGGAAAAUUGUUAAUAAUAAUAAUCUAGAGCAUUGUUUUGAAAAUGAUUUUUAAACUUAGACCUGUUCUCUUUUGCUUGCUUUUCUUUUUUAAAACUUGUCAUUCUGAUAGUCCACGUAGGAAUUGUUAUGGCUCGAAGUGAAAACAUGAUUUAUACUUUUCAUAAAUGUAUUUUCUACUCUUUAUUUAAGUUUCCUUUGCUUUAGUUUAUAUACAAAAUGGUUCGAAUUCUGCAUUUUUUUUUCUGUCAUUCCUUUUUUAUAUGUUACAUAAAAUUUUUUUCAAAUUAGUUUGCAGUAAGAUUUGACAUUGUAAUAAAUUGGUAUUUUUUCGAAAAAUUACAUCUGUGUUGUCCAUUAAGCAAUACAGUUAAUUUUUUACAACACUUGAUCAAAAAGAAAAAAAAUAUAUUAUAUAUAUAUAUAAAUAAAUGAAAAAUGAUUUUGU